AUGAAUCCAUUGUCUAAGCGUUUGACUGCAGCUGCCUCUCUUGCUAAGGCUAUCAACAAACACUUUGCUCUUUUUAAAGAAAAUUUUACUGGCUCCCCAAGGUUUCCGUUGCUGUGCAUUGGAAACCCAUCUGCAGUGGACAUGAAUCCAUUGCACCUAAGCGUCUCACUGCAACGGCUUCUACUAUCAGCAAGCACGUUCUUGAAGGCAUUCUGGCAAAAUUGGUGGAAGUCCAUACCCCGUUCUAAAGCUCCCAUUUUGGCACAGGCAGGGAUUACGGCUUCUGGAUUUACACGUCCCAGUUACGCAAACGGGAAGGGCGAUCCGGAUGGGGUUGGGGGCCCACACAAGCCAGUUUUAUGGGCUCUUUCCAUCUCUACUAUUGCCUGGCCCAUAGUGGGUGAGCGUGUGAUGGGAGGAGAUCCCGAAUCCUUGCAAGAUUUCUGUGUUGCAGACAAGCAAGGCCAAGUUUCGGUGAACGGCUUCUCUUGCAAGGACCCCAAAAUGGUUUCAGCAGAGGACUUCUUCUUCAGAGGGCUUCGACGAGGGGACACGAGCAACGCCGUAGGGUCUAACGUAACAGCAGCCAACGUUAACCAGAUUCCGGGGUUAAACACACUAGGAAUAUCGUUGGUCCGCAUAGACUACGCUGUGGAUGGAAUUAAUCCUCCUCACACCCAUCCAAGAGCCUCAGAAAUCCUGGUUUUACUUAAAGGUGAGUUGCUAGUGGGAUUCAUCGAUACAACAAACAAGUUUCACAGCAAGGUGUUGAAGAAAGGAGACGUGUUUGUGUUUCCCAAGGGAUUACUACAUUUCCAGCAGAAUGUGGGGCAGCGAAAUGCAGUUGCAAUCGCUGGGUUGAGCAGCCAGAAUCCAGGAGUUCAGGUUACUGCCAAUUCUCUGUUUGCAGCAAAUCCUCCCAUGCCAAAUGGUGUAUUGACCAAGGCCUUCCGCAGCGAUCAAACAGUAGUCGAUUCCAUUCAGGACAAAUUCAUGUAA